AUGGUAGAUGCAACCAACCAAGUUGGGGUGGAGUUAAAUUUGGCCAUAACCCACGAAUGGUUGUUUGCUCCUCUACAGUUCAUUUCUGGGCUGGGACCCACAAAGGCGGUUUCUUUACAAAGAUCUUUAAUUCGGUCGGGUUCGAUAUGCACCCGGAAGGAUCUGUUGACCCAUGGUCUUGGCAGAAAGCUGAGGAAAUUGGCUAAAGAGAUUUAUCGUGCAGAUGCCCAAGAUGAUGUAGCUGUGAAUGAUGACAAUGAUGAUGAUGAUGAUGUCAUCGAGACAGCAAUGGAGCACGUGAGAGAAAAUCCGGACCUAUUGAAGAGUCUUGACAUCGACUCAUAUGCCAAAUCCAAGAAGCGGGAAGAUAAAAAAGAGACUUUUAACCUUAUAAAACAAGAACUGAUAAACGGGUUUCAAGAUUGGCGAAGAGGGUAUGUAGAACCGAGUCAGGACGAGGAGUUCUUGAUGAUUUCCGGGGAGACGGAGAGCACGCUUUCGGAAGGAAGAAUCGUGCAGGCUACGGUCCGGCGUGUGCUACCUCAGAGGGCGAUAUGUAGUCUUGAGUCCGGGUUGAGUGGUAUGCUGAACAAGGAAGAUUAUAGUGAUGAUUUAAACGAUGAAGAGUUGACUGAGAAGUUGAAGGAAGGUGAUGUUUUGACUUGCAAGAUAAAGUCAGUUGUGAAAGAUAGGUAUCAGGUUUACCUUAGUUGUAAGGAAAAUGUUAUGAGGAGUAAGUGGGUGUCACAAAAUGACAAACCCGUGGAUCCGUAUUAUAAUGAAGUUCGCGACAGUUCAGGGGAAAAGCCUCCGACUCCGAGUGGUAGUAGUAGCAGUAAAGUUAAGGAGAUAACAAAGAAGCUUUUCAAGCCAAGAAUGAUUGCUCAUCCUCGCUUCAAGAAUGUUACUAUAGAUGAAGCCAUAGAGUUACUGGCGGAGAAAGAAGCCGGUGAGAGUGUUUUCCGGCCUAGCUCUCGUGGAGCCUCAUAUUUAACGUUAACGCUCAAAGUCUACAAUGGGGUGUAUGCUCACAAGGACAUUCUAGAAGGUGGAAAAGAGCAUAAGGACAUUACAAGCUUGCUUCGUCUUGGGAAAACACUUAAAAUAGGAGAGGAUGUGUUUGCUAACCUUGAUGAGGUAAUUGCGGGAUAUGCGGAACCCUUGGCAGGACAUUUGAAGAAAAUGUUAGGCUACCGAAUGUUUAAGCAUGGGACAAAAGCUGAGGUAGAUGAGAUACUGAGGAAGGAAAAGUCGGAGCACCCUUCAAGAAUUGUUUAUUCUUUUGGUGUCUCUCAUGAACAUCCGGGGACCUUCAUUCUGACAUACAUAAGGACUUCCAACGCGCAUCAUGAGUAUAUUGGAUUGUAUCCAAAAGGGUUUAGAUUCCGGAAGAAUAUGUUUGAGGAAGUUGAUCGGUUGGUAGCAUAUUUUCAACAACAUAUUGAUGAUCCCCGUGAACGUCCUGGGGAUUCUGCUGGCUGGGGCGGGGUCGGUGAUGAUGGUGGUGGUCGUGGCCGGGGAAGAGGAGGAAGAGGUAGGGGGCGGGGGAGAGGGCGUGGUCGUGGCAGGGGAAAUGAUUCUGAGAAUGAAAACCAGGAUUCAGGUUAUGGAGAUGGUGGUGGCAGCAGUUGGGGUGGGGGUGCUGGUGGUGGUGGCAGUUGGGGGCAAAAGGCUUCUGAUUCAGGUGAUGCCAACAAGGAUGCAGAUGAUAGUGGGUGGGGUGGCAGCAAGAAAAGUACUCAGGCAGGAGAAAGUGGUGGAUGGUCUGGUGGUGCAAGUGGUGGUUGGGGACAGAAAAGUAACGAUUCUGGUUCGGGAGAUGCCAUCAAGGAUGCAGAUAGUGGUGGGUGGGGUGGCACUAAGAAAAGUACUGAUGGUGGUGGAUGGUCUGGUGGCGGUGGCGGUGGAAGUUGGGGGAAGAAGAAUAGUGGUGCUGAUGAUUCAAACAAGGAAGCUGAUAGCGGUGGGUGGGGUGGCAGCAAGAAAAGUACUGGUGGUGAUGCAGGUGGUGGAUGGUCUGGUGGUGGUGGGGGUGCAAGUGGCAGUGGCGGUAGUUGGGGACAGAAGAAUAGUGGUGCUUCUGGUUCAGGCGGUGCCGACAAGGAUGCAGAUAGUACUGGGUGGGGUGGAGGCAAGAAAAGUGCUGGUGGUGAUGCAAGUGGUGGUUGGUCCGGUGGUGGGGGCAGCAGUUGGGGACAGAAGAAUAGUGGUGCUUCUGGUUCAGGUGAUGCCAACAAGGAUGCAGAUAAUACAGGGUGGGGUGGCGGAAAGAAAAGUACCGGUGGUGGUGCAAUUGGCGGAUGGUCUGGCGGUGGUGGUGCAAGUGGUGGCAGUGAUGGUGGUGAAAGUGGUGGAUGGUCUGGUGGUGGUGGUGGCCGUGGUGCAAGUGGUGGAUGGUCUGGUGGUGGUGGCGGUGGAGGUCGUGGUGGCCGUGGUGGAUGGUCUGGAGGUGGUGGUGCAAGUGGCGGCAGUGAUGGCGGUGAAAGUGGUGGAUGGUCUGGUGGUGGUGGCCGUGGUGGAUGGUCUGGUGGUGGCAGCCGUGGUGAUGGUGGUGGUGGUCGUGGUGGAUGGUCUGGAGGUGGUGGUGCAAGUGGCGGCAGUGACGGCAGAGAAAGUGGUGGAUGGUCUGGUGGUGGCGGUGGCCGUGGUGGAUGGUCUGGUGGCGGUGGCCGUGGUGGAUGGUCUGGAGGUGGUGGCCGUGGUGGUGGUACAAGUGGCGGUGGCGGUGGUGGCAGUGCUGGUGGUGGUGGUUGGGGGUCGAAGAAUAACAGUGCAUCUGGCUCAGGUGACGCCAACAAAGAUGCAGAUAACAACAGUGGAUGGGGUAAGAAAAGCUCUGGGGGUGGUGGUUGGUGA